AUGAAUUACAAAAAGCAUUAUAUUCCUCUCGAGUCUUAUCCAGAGAUAUUUACCGAGUUGAUGCAUGACUUGGGCGUGUCUAGUUCUCUCAAAUUCGUUGAUGUCUGCUCACUUGAAGAAGAAGAGCUGCGCCUUGUUCAGCGCCCUGUCCUUGCACUAAUCCUAAUCCUCCCGUCUUGCCCCGCGUACGAGCAUCGUACGAUUGAAGGUCAAAUUAUCGCAAACCGAGCUGAGGAAGAAGUUGUUUGGUUAAAGCAGACGAUCAACAAUGCAUGUGGCCUCUACGCCAUCCUACACGCCGUCUGUAACGUGCCCAGUUCCAUUAUCCACACAGAAACCGAGUCUGCGCUUCACCAAUUAACCAAACUUGCACCGCCCAACCGUACUAAAUAUCUUGAAGACUCGGAAGAAGUCUGUAGGGCUUAUACGAAGGCUGCGAAAAAGGGGGUUUCGGCCGUCCCCAUCGCCGAAGAUGAAGUGGAUCACCAUUACAUAUGUUUUGUUACACACUCGAACCGAUUGUACGAGCUGGAUGGUGACGUCGAUGGACCUAUAAGCCGAGGCUCCCUGGCCGAAGGUGAAGAUAUUCUAACCGGGUCUGCUCGCUACAUUAUACGACAAUACACGGAAAGCAAAACAGAUGGAACAUUCGGGUUAUUGGCUCUUGUGGAAGACUAA